AUGAACCCGGCUGCGUUUCUUCCUGUCUUAUCCGUGUCUGAUGUACAACAAGCUGCUCAAUUGAUCCACCAGGCGUAUGCGCCUGGAGCCCACAUAUCUCCCGAUGAUCAGCGUCGUAUCCAGCAAGAGCUUCUCAGCAUCCAAAAACGCCCAGAGGCAUGGGGGCUCGUCGUACCAUUCCUAGAGAACCAGGAUCCUAAUGUCCAGUUUUUCGGUGCACAUACUGCGCAAGUUAAAAUAGCACGAGACUGGGACUCAUUCCCUCAAGACAACGCGCUCCAACUACGUGACCUUCUACUUGAAUUGACGGUACAUGCCGUUUUAGCUGGACGCACGAAGGUUAUCUUGCGUAAAUUGUUUAUUGCUCUCACGUCCUUGGCCCUGAAAAUUGCAACUGGAGGAUCCUCUGAUUGGCCAGAUUGGAUCAUAUCAUCUGUCAAUUUCCUAUCUGGCCGAGGAGUAUUUACAGAAUAUAUGCUUGAUUUCCUGUCCAUCGUUGCAGAAGAGAUAGACACCGCUGCGCUCAUAGGUCCCAGUAAAAUGCAGAUGCAUCAGUCAUUACUGGACGCAGCACCGAUGGUCGUUCAAGCCAUCAUAUCCUCCAUAACCCAACCAAAAGAGCAAUUUAGAAUCCAAGAGUUCAAUUCAGCGUUGAAGUGCCUACAAGCAUGGAUUCCUAUUCUUCGUGGCAAUGAACUUACACCGUUGAUACCUUUAUUGAUCAAUUUACUGUCACCAUCGGUGACGCCUCUACAUCCGGAAGGAGAAUUUGAUGAAUCAAUAUUUGUCCCUGCUUCCGAUGCUCUCCAAGAAAUCACGUCAAAAUCCUCUUUAUCUGGUGGAGCUGGCUCCAGGACGCUCACCGACCCACUUUUGACGUGGCUAGAUUUAUACGGAGCUGGUUUCGCAGAUGCUCUUUCUCACUCAUUUUGCAAAUUGCUAGUUGCUCUAGGAGACCACUCAAACUCUUAUCUCGCGUCCAAUAUCGUGUCUUCAGUAUACGUUCCGAGGACCAGGGCACAUCUAGUUCAAAAUUUUCUUAGGCUGAUAUUAGGGUAUACUGCUCUUCCAGGAUACUAUGGUGUUGACGAAGAAGAGAGCGAGAUGACUCUUGGUUUCUGGUAUCUGUUUCAGGAAUCGCUGUGGAGUGUCGAGUACGACUUGGAAGAAGACGAAGAAGGAAAUAGGCAACCACCGCAAGAAACCGACAAAGAAAAAGAACAAUGGGCAGUGGUGAAGGCUGUGUACAGUGAACUGGUGCAAGUUCUCAAGAGAAAGGUCAUUUGGCCUGACCGAACCGUUUUGAGCGGGUGGGGAAAAGAUCAGAGAGACAAAUAUCAAGUGUACCGGAGAGAUGUUGGCGAUACCCUUAUCAAUGCCUAUUAUAUCCUGCGCAACGACAUGCUGGCUUAUUACUUAAAUGAUCUGAUUGAACAUGUAUCGGCAAGGAAUGAUAGUGAUGGUUGGGAGGACAUUGAAGCCACGCUGCACUGUAUAAUGUCCAUUCAGGAAGCAAUACCUCUAGAAGACAAUCCUUUCCUUGCUCGACUUUUUGGCCACGAGGUACUUGGCCGUUUACCAAGGACUGGGCAAGAUAGAAUCAGACGCACAACUCUAGGCCUCAUCGGAACAUACGCCUCAUGGUUUACCACGCAAUCCCUAACAUCAACGCCCACUUCGUCACCGACUCUUCUUAUGAAUACCGUAUCUUAUGUCGUUGCCGCACUUCCGGAGCAGAUGCUGUGUCUCUCGGCUGCCAAUUCUCUGCGUGAUCUCUGCGAUGCUAACCGCACUGCGCUCGCUCCUCACAUUGGCGCAUUCGCGGAGCUGCAUGCUGGCUUGACGGGUAUUCCGGAUACCGAAAAAUGUAAGGUGCUACAGUCUAUCGCUAGUGUCAUCCAGGCUUUGCCACCAGAAGAAGAGAUACCGCCGGUUCAGGCUAUUGUUAGUCCAGUGGUAGAGAAGCUCGUUCAAGCUCUACAGUCUUCUACACAGCUUCCUGAAGAGGCUCGCACCAUGAUUGUGGUGCAGUUGCAAACCCUGACUGGAGUAGCCAAAGGCCUCACUCGUACUACGGAUUCUCUACUCAUCCUUGAAGAGUCUCCAGAAGAGCAAGUAGAAGUUGAACGGGUGCGACAAGCCCGCAAAGACUACAGGAUGAUCAAGUUGCGUGAGGACCUCUUUACUGCUAUCAGGAAUACUGUGGAUAUGUGGUCGACCGAUGCCGGUGUCAGUGACGCACUCAGCGAGCUAUUCAGAUCGAUAACUGCACUACCCUCCGAUAUGACAUUGCUUUCUCUCCCUGCUGGCCCUCUUCUCGAGCUCGUUUGCUUUGCCUCUCAGAGACAGCUCACAGCUAUCUGGCUGACUCUCGCCAAUAUGCUCAUCAUACAAGUAGACCCUCCUACUUUGAUUCCUUCAACUUUGAAGUCUGGUCCAAAUGUUGAGGCACAGACCGUACUCUCCAAUGUUCUCCCUGCGUUACUGCAGACAUCUUUGACUGCGCUUGGCCACCCAGGAGCCAUGGAAUCUAACCCCGAUAUUGUGCAGGCAUUUUUUAGCUGCAUGGACACUGUAGCGAAAAACUUUGUUGCGGCUUUUUAUAGACUUCAACCUGGAGCACUAGAUACACUUAUGCGAUGCGCGAUUGGAUCAUUAUCACUACAGGAGCGCUACUCCCUAGUCUCAGCAUGUACAUUCCUCGCCGCACUGAUCAGUAAAACGGCCAACAGCGAUGAGUUGGGCGAUGCUAGUGCUAUGCUCAUUCAGGCUCAUGGACGGCCGAUAAUGCGAGCUAUCCUAUGUGGUUUUGCUAGCGUGGCUCCGCGGUCCGCGACAGUAAACCUCAUUGAGCUUCUUAUGACGUUGAAUUCAAGGCACCCAGCAGAGACCAGGGCCUGGAUGAAUGAGAUUCUAUUUGCGGAUGACUUCGUGCAGUCUAAAGCUGGCCCAGACGCCAAGAAGGCGUUCAUCAAGGCUGUGGUAAGUUCACGAUCUCCGAAGAAGACGAGAGAUUCAGCACAGCAGUUCAUAUUAGUUGCAAGAGGUCUGGAAGGGUCAAGUUUCGGGUAUGCAUCCGGUAGCAUGUGA